AUGUUAACUGGAAACAUGCGUCGCGAGCGUGUGUCGCCCUCCCCCAUCCAAAAUACAGUAUCAUCACACGGGGACGCGCGUCGUCGGCGAGCGGGGGUCUUUCGGCCGACGCAACGCCCGGUGACACUCCCUUUAAAAAGAAGUGCGGUGCCCUUUAAACAAACUAAAGCGACGCCAGCAGAUCGCUAAAGUCUACGGUUGGAAACGAGGAACCGUCCAAACAGCGGCGAAACCCAGGAAGUGGCCCAACACGGACACAAACUGCAGCGCCUAGCAAAGUGCUCCGGCUUGCUGCCGCGAGGAAGGAAACGGUGGAGGUGGAGGACAAAAAAAAAGUCGCUCGGAGAUGCCCCAAAGAUACCAUGACUCUGACCAGAGGAUCUUUCACCUAUGCCAGCGGGGAGGAGUACCAUGGCGAGUGGAAAGAAGGUCGGAGGCACGGUGUCGGUCAGCUCAAGUUUCAGGAUGGCACGUGCUACACUGGCCAGUUUGAGAACGGACUCUUCCAUGGCUCCGGUAUACUGCUCUUUACAGAUGGAUCCAGGUACGAAGGAGAAUUUGCUCACGGAAAGUUUCAAGGUACAGGGGUCUUCAGUCGAUACGAUGGCAUGAGGUUUGAAGGAGAAUUCAAAGACGGACGUGUUGAGGGACAUGGCCUAUUGACUUUCCCCGAUGGAGCUCAUGGUGUCCCGCGAAACGAGGGCUUGUUCCAAAGCCACAAGCUUCAGAAGAGAGAGAAGUGUCCAGGAGUGGUGCAGCGUGCGCAGGCCUCUGCCGCCAAUGCUCGCAGUCUGGCACUUUGACCGCCAUGGACCGUGACGGAGACACGGUCAGGGUUACAGCACCUUCCAGGAGGGCCUCAGGGAUGUAUAUACUCUUGUGUACUCCCCUCCAGCUCUCCUCUCUAUGUCUUUCUCUCUUUUUUUCACCAUCACUUUAUCUCUCUGCAUCUUCCUUGCUUUGCCCCCGCAGCAGCUUGGGAUGCACAUGCAAUUUGAACAGACAAUGGCUUUCUGUAUGACUGACUUGAAAUGCACAACACCAUGAACCACACCUUUAACUUCACAAGUCACGCACACGGCAACAUGUGUUGCUGUUUUUCUCUUGUUCUGAUAAACAGUCUCUUAGUGUUUUACACCAUUUAGCUUUCAUACUUCAAAUAACUGAAUAUGGAAGACCUAUUCUUAUCAUGUUAUCGCACACCUUGUAUUUUAAAGAGUUCUUUUCUCCUGCAUUAGGGGCAGUAUGUCUGUAUGUUGGAGACUUUAGGUACUUAGAUAACGUCAUUUGCAAAUGCUGCAAACCAUCACAACAGAGGACCCUGUGGAGAUUUUAAACGACUGGUAGCUCUAUGGAGCUGUUUUUACAAAUGGGUUCCAGUAAAGCCAGUAAAGAAGAAGGUCGCAAGGUGGCGAAAAUGGAUCAAUGACUGGACAUAAAUGUGCGGAACAUGACAGCUCACAAAAGUGAAGCCAAAACAUCAGCAAUUUUUUGGGUUUGAAUUAGUUAGUUGAUGCUUUAAGAACAGGGUGACAUGUUAUGAUUGACAGCUGAGAUUGACUCAUGAUUGGUCAGUCGGGACCUCAAUACUGCAGCUCCACUGCCGGUUGUCACCAGUGCAAGAUGGCUGCGCCUGUACGUGGGAUAUCUUAGCUUUGUUUUUGUACAGUGGGAGGAAGUGGAGAGGCGUCAUCCAUCUUUAUUAAUAGUCAUUGACAUGGAUCUUAACGCAGGAUUUAACAUUUAUGACAGAAUUGGCUGCACAAAUGUUUUGAUAGUAGGUAAAUUCAUUCAGCGCAUUUUUCAGACCUCAAGUAUACACACCGUGUGUUUUGGUGAACAAAACGUGAAUGUGAACAUGACUUUUGUGUGUUUACAAAUACACUAGACAGGGCACAUUUUAAAAUCCCACCUCAAUUAAUGGUGCUGCUGCAAAAUCAUCCAAGGAGUGCAUUUUGUCACUGGCGUUCUCUUGUCAGAAGAUCGGUAGUCACUUUUGCCUUAAAAACCAUUUUGGUAUAAAAGAAGAUUUCGUCGCUGUCCGUCUGAAAAUCAGAUAAGGCACAGUGCCGUCUCCUUCCUUUCUCCUCUGCAUCAUUUGCCCUACAUUGUCUGUCAGCCUAAUGAGUUUGAAGUCUGCUUGAAGACUGCCUCCACUCCGAGAGAGACGUUGUUAAGCUGGUGCUGACUUUCAGCUCCCAUCAAGUCCUGCAGCUGUCCUCCCUCCAAAGGACUCCCAGCGGAAAUCAUCGGAGAGGAUAUUUAACUCAGUGGGAUAAUUCCCUCGCAUUUUCCCCCUGUGAAACCUGAAAAACCUGGACGACUAGAUAUCCUCAAAGUUGAUGAAUAAUCAUCAUUAAAUUCAUAAAAGUAGGAACAUAUAUCUUAACUGAGGCAGCUGAAUGAAAGCCUAUAAAUUAGGCAUAUAUUUAAGAGUAUGUAAUUGUAAUGUACAGUAUGUGUUUUUCUGUGAGGUGUAUAGACAUUUAUUGCCACUGACUGUGUUUGUUCUGACCUUUCAGGUGAAUUAAGAGGUAAAUCUGAUAGAGAGUGGUGUCACUGAGUAUUUUGAAGUUCUGAGAAGCUAUAAACCAUUAUAGCCAAUCACAGGUAUUCUAUGAUUACAGAUUAACUCAGUGUGCUUGAAUGCCUUAUGAAGCAUUUGUAGUUGUGGCUUGUCUAGGUUUGCUUACAUAGCACUUCAACCAAAGACAAUCAAAUGAUAUUGUAGGUAAAGAAGCCUAGAAAUGUGUUAUUUCCUACAGACAAGACAAAUCAAUAAGGACAAAUCCACCCGGGGCACGAGAAGAACAAAAGGAGCAAAGGUUAAACAGAAAUUUGAUAUGAGAUUCUGUUGUAAAUAGUCUCGAGUCCGUAUUAUUUUCUUUGUUUUUAUAUUUUAUGAUGAAAAAAAUGUCAAUACUUUAUCAUGAGCCCAUGACUAUUGAAUAGUAUUGUACUAUUCAGUACAAUCUGAAAGAAGGUAACAGCAAAGCAGAGCAGUGCAUGCAUCAGUGCCGCUAUCUACUCGGACACAAUACUUAAAUGUUUGCUCUAUGUGCAAAGUGUGUAAUUUGCUGUAUUUCAACUCAUGAUGUAGUAUUUUUACUUUCCACCAUGUUGGAAACAACACCUCCUUUGCCUAAACGGUCCUGCCUGAGUGGAAUUGAAUACAAUGGAAUACCACAUCCAUUUCCUUCUCGACACAAAUGGUGCUUUAAAAGUGUGCCUGUCCAGACUUUCACCUGCCUGGAAAAUAUCAUUGCCAUGGUUACCUUUUUUUCUGUAACAAUAUAAUGUUGCUUUGAGUGCUCUAAGAGAAAACUACUGCACAGUGUCCUGUCAUUCUCCUGGAAAUAGGUCUGAGUAUGUAUCACUUCAGUGGUAAACGCUUUAUGUGUUUAAUAAAGCCUUGUGUUGAAAAAAGA